CGUGGACCAUUUUGCGAAAAACCUAAUAAAAAUUUUAACCCGUUAAUCUCAAAUAUCCAUUUUUGCAGGUAGGCACACAUACAUCUGUUAUAAUAAUCAUCUUUCAUCUAUCAAUAGGUGUCUACUUAGGUUAACAGCUACAAGUCAAACCACGGUCUUCGAUUAUUAGAUUAUCAGUCAAACGUUAACUCGGUCGACAACCCGGGAAAACAAUUUGUAAGUAAUAAUAAAUCUUAUUUAAUUUGAAAAACGUACAUUAUUCUCGUUACGUACGAAUGUAAAAUAGAUUACCGUUAUCGAGCGACGCGGUCUUGGUGGCAAAAUGCUUUGGUGGCGGAACGCUUCUUGUCGUCCCAUCGUUUGUGUUCGGAGUUCGGUGUCUUCGUGAUGAAAUUGAAAAAUGAUUCGUUCACGCCGUUACUGCAUUAGGUCGUUAAAACUUAAAACGCCGAAAGUGUGUGGUGUGCGAACUAUUAUCGUACACUAUACACGGUUAUAAAUGCCGACAGUGUAUGCGGAACGGGGAUAACGUCUUCCAAAAGACCGUUCGUUCAACCAAUGCGCGGUCUAAAUUAAGUUGUCUGUUACACACUCGCGUAUUGAGUAAUUUUGUGAUAAACUGAUAAAAAAAAAAAAAAUUUCAAAAAGUAUUUUCAACGUUCUUUCAUCGGGUAGGCGCGUGUCAUUAUAAUGAAAUUGUCAACGCCUAUUAUUUUUAAUACUUUAUAAACUGAACAUACCUACCUAAUCAAUAAAGUUUAUUAUUUAACAUUAUUUCCUAUUUUACAUACAAAAAUGUAUAUGUGAUGUUUAUAGUUUUUAAAACUUCUUACUUAUUGAUUAAGUACAUUGGCAUUUGGACUUGCACAAUUUAUUUUGAAUUUUUAAAAUUCUUAAUCCUUUGAAACUUUCAAACCUACUAUGACAUGCAACAACAGUCAGUGUUCUGAAUACUUCAGCUCCGAGAAGUAUCAAAAAAGAUUGAAUGACCAGUUCUAUGAUGCACCCUGUGAAGAAAUGGCCAAAUGUUUACUGGGAAAAGUACUCGUCAGACAAUUGGACGGUAAUGUUGUUCUUAGGGGUAGAAUUGUCGAAACUGAGAGUUACUUGGGCGACGAAGAUGCAGCUUCUCAUUCGUUUAAAGGGAAAUUGACCGCCCGGAAUGAACCAAUGUUCAUGAAACCAGGAACGGCUUAUGUUUAUAUGACCUACGGCAUGUACCAUUGCUUUAAUAUUUCAAGUAAAGGUACCUAUUAUAAUCCACCACAUUGUGCCAAUGUUUUACUAUUUUACUUUUAUAGGAGACGGUGCUGCAGUUUUGUUAAGGGCGUUGGAACCUUUGGAAAACAUAGAAACUAUGACAUCUUUACGAAAACAAUUUAGAAAAUGUGCCAAAACUUCGAUCAAAAGUAAAGAUUUAUGCAACGGUCCAGCAAAAUUAUGUAUGAGUUUUGCAAUUGACAUAAAGUCUUGCAAUAAACAAGAUCUGACUUCUUGGGAUGGAAUGUGGAUAGAAGAAGACGAACAAAGUAGAUUAGUUGACCAAAUUGUUUGUUCACCAAGAAUAGGUAUUAAAUGUGAAAAAGAAUGGCAAGACAAAUAUCUCAGAUUCUAUAUUCUAAAUAAUCCUUAUGUUAGUAAGUUGGAAAAAACUAAAAUGAAUAUACUUAAAUAUUCAAACAUUGUGAUUUAAAUUAACUUUAAUAAGUAUGUAUUAUAAUAAUAAUGCACACUGAAUUGUUAUUGAUUAUUUUACAC